UGAAUCAACAUUAACAAUCUUUAUUUGAUUAAUAAGUGCAUUUUGAAGUGUUUAUCGUAUGUUCACAAAGUUAGUGUUGAUAUCGGCGUAGGGUAAAUAACAUUGUGUAUUGUGUUAUAACUUUGUAAACUAGAAAAAUAAUAGUUCUUUGGAUUCAGCGUGGAUUAGGAGCAAAUUAGACAUGCAUCGUCUACUUCUACUAAUAACCACAUUAGUGGCGGUCAGUGAAGGAUACAAAAUUUUGGUGGUGUACCCUUUUCCAUCCAGGAGUCAUUCCAUCUUGGGGGAUGGUGUGGUUGACGCUCUGGCUAAAGCUGGACACCAGAUUACCUAUAUUACUGCUUUUCCAAAGGCCAAAACCGCACCUAACGUAAGAGAAAUUGAUGUUAGCGCUAAUGAAGUUUUAUUCCCAGACAGUACGCGCGAUCACUUGGAGCAUCUCCUGAACAAUACUAAGUCAAAUGUUGAAGUGUCGUCUAUUGUUACAACAAUGUCACAAUUGUUCGUACAUACAAUGGAAAAUGAAAGAGUCAAAAAGCUUAUAAAUGAUCGCAAUGAGCAAUUUGAUGUUGUUCUGAUAGAAUGGUUGUUUUACGAGAUGUAUGCAGGUCUCUCAGCAGUAUUCAACUGUCCUUUCAUCUGGGUUUCCUCUGUUGACCCUCACUGGAGGAUUUUAGCGUUGGUCGAUGAUCUUGCAAAUGCUGCAUAUACUCCAGAUGUAUUAUCCGACAUUCUACCUCCCUUUACCUUCAUGCAGCGAGCCAAGGAAUUGGGAUUGCAAAUUUUUGGACUAGGUCUACAAUAUUUCCUCCUUCAUCCAACUCAACAAAAAGACUACGAAAAAAUCUUCGCACCGGUUAUUCAGAAGCGUGGUCUCCCAGUUCCCCCAGCACUGGAUAUAUUAUAUAAUGCUUCUUUAGUACUGAGUAAUUCCCACGUUUCAGUCGGAAAGGCUAUACGACUACCACAAAAUUUUAUACCAGUUGGCGGGUAUCACAUUGGUCGUGAAGUUAAGCCCUUGCCAGAGGAUUUGAAGAAACUAUUGGACAAUUCAAAGAAUGGCCUUAUUUACUUCAGUUUGGGCAGCAAUAUAAAGAGUAGAUUUUUACCGGAGCAAUUGAAACAGAGUCUUUUGAAAAUGUUUGGUGGCCUAAAGCAGACAGUUUUAUGGAAGUUCGAAGAAGAGCUCCCAGGCACUCCGUCCAAUGUUCAUAUUGUCCAAUGGGCACCACAACACAGCAUACUAGCCCAUCCAAAUUGUGUCAUAUUUUUGUCUCACGGAGGUUUAUUGUCUACAACUGAAGCUAUCCACUUCGGAAAACCCAUUAUUGCAGUACCUAUAUUCGGUGAUCAGUUCACUAAUGCUAAGAGAGCAGUGCAAAAAGGUUUCGGUAUAUACGUAGAUAUGACAUAUAAUGUGGCUGAUGACAUAAAAGUUGCUAUUCAGGAGAUGCUCAGCAAUCCUAGAUAUGGCUUAAAAGCCAAGGAGCUUUCUACUUUGUAUCACCACAGACCAGUGACUCCUGACAAGGAGGUUGUCCACUGGGUAGAACACGUGGUGAUGACUGGUGGUGCACCCCACUUGAGGUCACCAGCUCUUUUGGUACCGUGGUAUCAAAAAUUAUACCUGGAUCUCCUUGCUGUUAUAGCAAUCGUAAUUUAUGCUAUUAUAUACGCUGUUAAAAAGGUUAUAUCACUCUUUAGGAAAAAUAAAACUAAAUCAAAGAGUAAAACACAGUGAGGUAUACCGUAUAACUAGAAUUGUACAAGAUAUACAUAAGACUGUUAAUUAUGUAUUUUUAUAUAGUUAUAGUAAAUAAAAUGAUUUAUUUUUA